CCGGAAGUAAAUAAUAAUAAUAUAGUCAAGAAUAACAUUUCGAUUUUCUCAUUUGUUGCCAAAAUCUAGCGCUAUUUUGAACAAAGGGAUUUACUUGCAAGAUAAACAGUGUGGAGUGAGCAUCCCACACCUUUCAAUAAACAGCAUUCAAAUUCCUGAGAUUUGACAUUAUUUACCCUGAGACAUGUGAGAUUGGACAUUGUAUGACAUAGGAUUUGGCAUUGUAUGCCCUGAGAUAAGACAUUGUAUGCCCUAAAAUUGGACUGCGUGGAAUACACCCUCAGAAAUAUAUACAGGUUUACAAUGGAUGUAGAAAAAGAUCACAGAACAAUGAAUGAUAUGAAUGAGACUUUUCAAUCUAAAAUGCAUGCCAAACAAGGGGAACUUGAAACAUUUAUAAAAACAGAAAUCGAAAUUGAUGAUUACUCUGAAUCUACUAUGGAUGAUGCAACAGCCAAAACCAAUGUUGAUGUCAUAUCUGAAUUGUCAUCUGCAGAGCACAACAAUUUUGAUAUGCCAUUCUUUAUUAAAACAGAACCUGGAGUUGAUGUCAUAUCUGAAUCUGCAAUUGAUAAUACAGCAGCCAAAUUUAGUAUUGAUGUCAUAUCUGAAUCUGCCAUGGACAAUACAACAGUCAAUACUAGUAUUGAUGUCAUAUCUGAAUC